AGCCGCGCCGGGCGGAAUGGAGCUGCCUCACCUGCCUGAUGUCGCUGUGCGAGGCCCACGCGCGGCCCCACGGGGCAGCGGGCGGGGAACCCGGCGCGGCUUUCCGAGGCCACCGCGUGUGCGCAGCCGGCGAGGCGGCGGCGGAGUUGUGCGCCUUGCGAGAGCGGGAGCGCUGGUGCGCCGAGCACCGCGGGCGCCCGCUGGAGCUGUUUUGCGAAGAGUGCGCGCAGUGCGUGUGCGCGCUCUGCCCGGCUCUGGGCCUCCACCGCGGCCACCGAGUGAACCUCAUCGCACAGGCGGCGCAGAGCAAGCGGGAAAUCAUGAGGUCGUAUGUGAAGCAGUUGACCCUGAAGAAGAAGCAGGAAGUUGACAACAUAAAACAUAUAGAAGAAGCUGCUAAUGAGCUUAAGGCACACAUGUUCGAGAGCAAAACCUGGCUGGCAGGGAAGUUUGCUGAGCUCCGGUUCUUGUUUGCCGAGGAGGAAACUUUGACCAAGAGAUACAUUGAUGAGAAGGCCCAGCAUGCCUUGAUGGCGUAUGAAGAACAGGCAGAGGCUUGUGAGGGCCAGAUCCAGUUCAUAGACGGCUUCACAGACAGGAUCAGGCACAUGCAACUUCAACCUGACCCCCUUCUUUUGCUCAAGGGCUAUUGUGCAGCAGAAAAGGAAAUAGAGAAGCAGUUGAUCCCCUCAGAGCAGCUGGCUCCAUUGCCCAUGUCGUUUGAGCACAUCACAAACCACUUCUUGCGCUUUCUUGAGUUCGUCCAGUCUAUCCUGCAAAAACCACUCAAGGCUCGGCUCAAGGAAGAUGUCUUCAGCAGCCUUAACAGCACCUUGAAGAAGGACCCCGGUUUCUUGUUGAAAGCAAACUCUUCUGCCAAUCGCGCACUCUUCUUGAAACAUGCAAGAUCCCCCACGCUGGAGGUAAAUAGCGUGCACCCCAGGUUAAUUUUGUCAGAGGACCGUCUUUCAGUAAGCUGCAGCUGGAGGAGAAGACUUUACUGCUCAAACCCAGAGAGAUUCGAUACUGUCUGGCAAGUCUUGAGCAGAGAUUCUUUCUUUGCCGGAAGCCAUUACUGGGAGGUGGAUGUGCUGCAGGCCGAGCAAGGGUGGUGGGUUGGGGCAGCCUACUCAUCCAUCAGAAGGAAAGGAGACUCUGAACUUUGCCGGUUGGGAUGCAACCGAAUGUCCUGGUGCAUCAAACGGUUUGACUUUGAAUACUGGGCGUUCCAGAACGGGGAGAGAGUCCCUAUUCGGGCAGAGGAUGAUCCUGAACGAGUUGGGGUUUUUCUGGAUUAUGAAGCUGGGAUCCUGUCUUUCUAUAACGUGACAGAUGGGAUGGCACAUCUGCACACGUUCCGCUGCAAGUUCACGGAGCCGGUUUAUCCAGCGCUGAGGUUGUGGCAAGGGACAAUAACAAUGUGCAAGAUAACUUAAGGGCUGGUUGCACAAGGAUGUGGGGGAGACCCAUGCUUCUCAUCAAUGUAUAUUGUGAUAGGUACUUCAGGUUUUUAACAGAAAAAGGCACUUUACAAUACUGAAUCAUUUCCUAAUGGCAACACAUCACUCCGGAAAAUAGCUGUCUAUAUGCCGUUUUUGCACUUUCAGUAGAAGUUGCAAUCUACCUCACAAAGUUACCAUGAACGGUGAGGUAGGGGAGAGCAAUGCAGAGGAUAUAAAGCACUUGGCCAAUUAAAAAAAUGCUGAAACAGUAUUUGCCUUGUAAAGUUUUCAGACGAUAAUUGUGUGAUUACUGAAGACUGUCUCGUAACCCCAUCUGUCUAUUAAAUUCUUUGGGGAAGGCUUUGAGCCUCUAGGUGUAUAUCCAAUUUGCACUGACUUUCUGGGUCUAAUCCUGGUUGCAAGGAGGCUCCUGUACAAAUAAAUGGCAAGCAUUGCUGCUUUUUCUA